AUGGCCUCCAAUGUCAUGGAACAUUUCGGGCCUCUAGACGAACUUAUCCAAGUCAUUUAUCAAGGCCUGGAAAAAUAUGUACUUCUGUCGGAUGUUACCACCAGCAAGUGGCAAAUUCAUCUUGGCCUGACAGGCGCCAAUGCACGUUGGUGGCAAGGCUCUUGGACGUCAGAUGAUGUGUUGGGAGUAGUGGGUCACUCGGCCAGUGCUACGCUUCUGUCGACAUACGCCGGAAAUCUAGCGGAAAAUAUUGUCCAAGGCGAACUUCAUGUCGAUGAAGCACAACCCUAUAAACUUGUGCUUAAUCCGACAGGGAAAAAACCCAUUCAAGUUACUCUGAAAGAAAUGAGUGCAGGAGAAGCGCUUGAAUACACCACCGAGGCUUUUGCGAAUAUCGCCCUACAAGCCCAGUCAAGACAAUCGCGUCUGAAUCCUUCCGCGGUUGCGUUUCCCACUCCUGGCCCUGCAGUCGCGAGCAUACCCCCGAACGUAAAGACAGAAAAGAAGCCGUCUCUUGACGUUCCAGAGCCCCCCGUGGCCCCGAAACAACGCAAACCAGCGCCAGUUGAAGCGCCCCAGUCACCACAGAAAAAGAGGGUCUCAGAGGAUGUUGCCCCACGGGCAUCAAGUUCAAAGGCCGCUGCAGUGCGUUCAGCACCAAAAGGCGCGUCGCUGGCGAACCCAAAUAAGAAAGCAAGGAAAUUCCAAGCGAUUGAAUUUGAGAGCGAUGAAGAGUAG